AUGUCCAAAAAAGCCGUUGCUGUGAAAAAGGCGGUUGCCGCAGUGGCCACGCAGCAGUCCACGCAAAAAGACGCAAACCCCGACUCAGCGAAGAAACCGGCCUUGGUGAGACAAAACUCCAAAUUGGGCCACCGCUUCACCGACGUGGCCAAUGCCGUGGAGUCCACAUACAACAACUACUGCAAGUCGUUGACCCCCCGCUUGCAGUUCAUUGACAUUUUCUUGGUCUUCUUGGUCGCCUUGGGAGUGUUGCAGUUUGUCUAUGUGCUUUUGAUUGGAAACUUCCCCUUCAACGCGUUUUUGGGCGGCUUCAUCGCUUGCGUGGGGCAGUUUGUGUUGACCGUUAGUUUGAGAAUGCACUACGCUGCUGUUGACGGCGGAAGCACCAGUGCCGAAACCAAGGCUGAAAAGGCCUUCCCCACAAUCAGCCCUGAACGUGCAGUCGGUGACUAUAUCUUUGCCAGCUUGAUUUUGCACUUCAUUGUAUUCCACUUCAUCAACUAG